AUGGCGCCCAAGCUCCCCGACAUUUCUGAUGUACCUCAGAAAUAUUCAGAUUGCUGCCUGAGUAUUUCGCAGAUCCUCCUUGAUCAAGUCUAUUCGCUCGUAUUACUUCCGACCACCCUUCUGUCGAUUGGCUCCGGCACAGGACUGCUCGAAGCUCUUCUGCAGAAACACCAUCCGGAACUGAACGUCGAAGGCGUAGAAGUGCGUUCGGCGUCAAACCUGGUACAGUACCUUUUCACAGAUGCUUUAAACACUGUCUCUGGGACAUGGGACUUGUCGAAUAGGGCGCUCGAAGCCGGAGCUUGGAUGUUCGUGUACCCGAGAGAACCAAAACUCAUCCAGCAAUAUCUCGAGCAUCGCAGCAACGGCAUCGUGAAGCUGGUCAUGUGGCUAGGUCCAGUCGUGGACUGGAAAGACUACGAAGCCAUCUUUUCUCAGGCUCAGCAAGAGCAGCGAUGGUCGAGAGUCAAUGUCCGCAAUGGCGCAGAUGCUGGUUUGGUAGCGUAUGAGAUGAUGGCUUGGAUGACGAGGAACGAUUCUAUCUCAUAG